AUGUACCGAGCCAACGAACUCAAGCGCUCGUCUUACCACUACCCUCCCACCACUCAACACAUAUUGCCCCGCGAGGAUUUUGUGGACCGUGAUCAGCAACGGGCGCAAGACCACGUUGAGAAGCUCGUCCUUCGCGCCGGCAAUGGCUCGGCAUCGACGGCUUCACCCACACAAACCCUCGAUCGCAGGCCGAUAGAACUUCCAGACCACGUUGUCAUCGCAUGUCCCCGGCGCAUCCACUCUUCCGCGCGCGCAUUUCGCAACGAUCCAAGCGACAAACAAGAGAAGAUCAAUCGAUACCUCGAUGAGCUGGACGCGGCGGUAACCGGAAUCGACCAAGAGCUAAGGGGCUUUUACAAGGUGCGGCCUGGCGGGCAGGUAGCUCCAUGGCGUCUGUCACAUAAUGGCGGAUCGAGCUUGAGGUGGGGUUUCCGGACCGAGGAGACGCAGCCCCUCGAAAACCUCACGGCCGUUUCUGGUGGGCUUCAGUUGCUCCUCCGCAACGGAACCGAAUACUGGGAGCCUGGCUUUGGGGGCAUCAUCGAGGCUGGCCACACCGUCCGCCCAAUGGGCCCCUUCGGAUCGUCGGAACCCGUUGAUACUAGCCACCAAGACACGACUCAGAGCCUCAAUCCACCUGUCACUAAUCGCCCGUGGGGUGACGAGGUCAGCGACCGCCCAAGUUCUGAACUAAAGCGCUCGGUCAGCGCUUCCUAUGGGCCGCCAUAUGGUGAGCUACCCAAGCAUUGGGUAGAGAAGCUCAACCAUUCGGCUGGUUCGCAUUCUCGCGCUGAUGAAGACGACCUGUACCGUCGGGACUCUUUCGGCAAGAGGCCAUAUGCGCCCAAGGUGUUAGUCCACCCCCAGGAGGAUGACUACAAGCUUGCCCAGUCUAGUCUUAACCCAAGCAAGCUUGGCCAGACACGCCACGAAGAAGGUGAGCUUGAACAAAUAUACCGGCGGGAACAUCUUCUCACUGGCACAGCUGCGGCCACCGUUGCGCUUCCACCUAGUCCCUCUGACGGCCCCGACGACGUUGGGUUCGAGGCAGAUGAUGAGCCCCUAGCUGGUUUACCCUUUGACGAGGAGUCUAUCUCAGAUCCGGCUGUACCUGGGCUAAAUAUGGAUUGGGUCUUCCCGAUAGUACCCUCCACACGGAUAUUUGAAGAUCCAGUGAAGCACGAUCAAGGCCAAUUCGUCGCCCAUGUCUACGACGAUGCUUCUAUAAGCCCCUUCACCUCUGCACCCAGUCUGAGGUACACGGAGAGGGCUACUGUUGAGGCGUCGACUUUCUCGGACUUGUACCCUUGCAAGACGGUCGUUGCUUCAUCCAACACCAUCGCCUCAGACUUCCUUGAAAAGAUCCAGCCGACACACGAUGUAGUCGGUCCUCAGCCUACUUGGCCUCGGCUUCCGACGCGCCAAGAUGCCAGCAACGACUUCGUCGUGGACAUGUGCGAAGGCGCGGAGCAGGCGCGCGAGGGAGCGAACUGUCGGCCGAAGGAUGUCUUCUCUGUCAUCACCUUUCUCAAGUCCAUCGGCAACUGCUUUGUGAAGUCUGUUGUCGUGCGUCUUUAUCACCGCCCUCGGGACCGUUCUUUUCGACCAAGAAGAGAUGAUAGAGCCAACGUGAGCGGUUGCUGA